GGGAGCGGGAGGACGCAGAGAGACACUUCUGGUUUAGGUCGCCCACGGCUUCCCUGACAUGUUGGAUACGCUGACCUUCCUCCUGGAGAAGCUCUUCCUCCUGGCCCACAUCAAACUCUCCAGCCUGCUGCCGCCUCUCUCCAGCCACUGUGACCGGGAAGAUGCUGCACCUCUGCCCGCCUUCUCCACUGCCAGCACCCCGCAUAAGUUCCAGCGGGGGGACCUGCUGGAGGUCCCGCGGACUCUCUUCACACACUUCGGCAUAUACUUGGGUGAUAACCGGGUGGCGCAUCUCAUCCCGGACAUCCUGCCGGUGCUCACCUCUGACGCGCAUCUCAUCCAGGAGAUGGUGACCAACACCCGGCUGGUGCUCGGAGUUCUGUCCAAGCGCGCCAGCAUCCGGCUGGACUCGGUGGAGGACUUUGCGUACGGCGCCAGGAUUCUUCGGAACAGCAUGGACAGGGCAGUUGACCGGCGCCCGCUCACCGGGGAGGAGGUGGCGCGGCGGGCGGAACACCUGGUGGGCGCCGUCUCCUACAGUUUAUUGUGGAACAACUGCGAGCACUUCGUCACCUUCUGCCGCUAUGACGAUGCUCGGAGCCUCCAGACGGACGAGUUCUGUGAAUGGCUGAAGUCGCUGAUCCGAGAUCAAAGAAAUGUGGCUCUGUCGGCACUGCUGGGAAUUUUGUCGGUGCUGUUUUGUGGUCUGUCAUUCAGUGCCACCCUUCCCGCUCUUCUCAUUCCCUUCACCCUGUGGAUGGCCAGCUAGAUGCCUUUUCCAGUGUGAGAUCACCAAGUGGGGAAUAGUUUUGAACAAGUGACAUUACAGCUACGCAAAGUUUUCUCAUGAUGUUUUUGUACAUGGACCAAAGAUGCAAGCUUCUCUUGUCUCUGCUGUUUUAACAUGCUCGUGUUGUGUUCUGAAGACAGCAAUUUACUGACAAGGAUCCAUCAAGUCAACCCCACCUCACUGAUGCGCUUCUGUGAAUAGUUGUAAAUAACUUAUGGUCUGAUUGUUGUGAACAGUCAAUGUGGCUGUGCAUAGUUUUUUGUGCCCUGAAAAUAGUUUAAAUGAAUAAAGAGA